UGAACUACAUUUCCCAGAAUGCUCUUUAAGAGGCGGGACUCCAGGGAUCGGUUUGCUGCUGUUGGAAGACAUUAACAGGGCAGCCUGAGCCCUGGGCAAAGGUUGUGGGGAGUCCGUCACCCCAAGGCUCCUCGGGGAGGGGGACCCGCCGCCGCCGCCGCUGGAGACGAUUCAAGGCUCGGGUGAGCGAGGCGAGGGGACAUGGCGGAGACGGAAGGCGGAGGCUCGGUGCACGCGACUCGCUUUGAAGCCGCCGUGAAGGUGAUCCAGAGCUUGCCCAAAAAUGGUUCAUUCCAGCCAACAAAUGAAAUGAUGCUCAAGUUCUAUAGCUUUUAUAAGCAAGCAACCCAAGGACCUUGUAAUAUUCCGAGACCUGGAUUUUGGGACCCUAUUGGUAGAUAUAAAUGGGAUGCAUGGAAUGCUUUAGGGGAUAUGCCCAAAGAAGACGCUAUGAUUGCCUACGUUGAAGAGAUGAAAAAGAUUCUUGAAACCAUGCCAAUGACAGAGAAGGUUGAAGAACUACUGCAUGUAUUGGGCCCGUUCUAUGAAAUUGUAGAGGACAAAAAGACCAAAGGAUCUGGCAUAAUAUCAGGCCCUGGAACUGCCAUAACAUCUGUGCCAGCUGUGAAUGGCAAAUCUGAGAGCAGUGAUAGUGGAGCAGAGUCGGAGGAGGAAGAAGUCCAGGAAGAAACAGAAGAAUUAAAGGAGACUGUAGAAGAAAGUAAAACUAUAGAAGCAGAAUCAUCCGUAGCCAAGGAAUUGGACAGUGUUGCUACCAAUGUUGGUUAUGAUGACAAUGUCCCUAAUUCUGACUUGAUCAAUGGUAUACAGACUAAAUCUGCCCUGAAUGGUAUAAAUGAAGAUGAAGAAAUUAAGAAGAAAGACAAAUGCCUUGAACUACCUAUCAGAUCUCAUUUUGGUUCUAAUCACCAAGGUCUUACUGAAGAUACCACUGAAGAAAUCUCUGGAAUUCAACAUUUGACAAGUGAUUCAGACAGUGAAGUCUACUGUGAUUCUAUGGAACAAUUUGGGCAAGAAGAGCUCUUGGAUAUCUGUGCAUCAAACAAUGACUCUUCAGAGCAUCAUUUCCAUUUCUCAGAAGUUGGUUGUGGUAGUCUCCUAGGAAGUGCUGGUGUUCUUGAACUUGGAAACUACAAUUCAGAAGGUAUAAAAGAGGCUACAGUUGAAGGAAAAGGUGAAGUCAAGUGUGGAGGUGAAGAUGGCAAAGCAAGUGAUGGAGGGCCUCACAAAGAGAAGAAGGGUGGCGAAAAGGUUGAUUUCUAUGGAAUCAGAAGAGGGAGAGGGCACAGAAUGCACCCUAUGGGUGAUGGCACCCAGCGUGGACAGAUGGGCAGUGGAGGAGAUGGAGAACGAUGGGGUUCAGAUAGAGGGCCAAGGAGCAGCCUCAAUGAACAAAUUGCAAUAGUGCUAAUACGAUUACAAGAAGACAUGCAAAACGUCUUUCAGAGACUAAAUACACUGGAGACACUGACAGCUUCACAGGCAAGAACAGCAACUCUGCAUUCAAACAAUCAGUCAGCUUCAUCUGUUAAGAGACCAUCAUGGUGGCCCUUUGAGAUUUCUCCUGGUACUUUAGCCUUUGCUAUUUUAUGGCCCUUUAUUGCCCAGUGGCUGGUCCACAUAUAUCUUCAAAGAAGGAGAAGAAAAGAGAUCUGAUGGUUCAGUUCCUGGUUUUGAUUAAGGACUGCUAAAAUGGGAAGACUCUGGAAGGAGAAAUAAUUCAUGAAAACAGUGACAAGAACUGCAGGCUGUAGAAUGGCUCAGUCUUCCUUCUGUUGCGCCCCUCCCCCCACUUUUGCACUACAUGAGAUAAUAUACCUAAAUGAUCCAUUGAGCUUAGGUAACAAAUAAAUACUGUUACCCCAUCCUGCAAUUACAUGACCCAUAAGUUGUUUUGGAAUGUAUUCUUUCUAGACAAACAAUCUGAAAGAUUUUAUUGCAGCCCUUAAAGAUAAUUUUUGGGUUUAGAAACACAAUUGGGCACAAAAAAUCCAAUCUGUAAGAUCAUUGCUUUAACAUGACUUAUGAUUUUAUUCAUGACUUUGUACAUAGGAAAUGUGCAAGCAAAAGAAACUGUCUGGAUUAGUCAGAAUAGUUGGAUUGUGUGGCCACACUUAAAAGUUUUAAGAGGUUUGACUUACCAUUGCUGCUAUGUAAUAAGAGAGGUUUUGUUUUUAAGUAAAGAAACUGGAAUUAAAUGUUUAAGCCAAUGAAUUGUACUUCCACAGGUACCAUCAUCACUGUAUCUGUUUAAAAACUUAGUAGCCAAGCACCUUGUAUGUUACGACAGCAGACUGGAGUUGAAUAUGGCAUGAUAGAUGGAUACUAGCCACCUAGAGAGGGCACAAUGAAUUUUUUAAAAGAGCCUACUAUGCCAAAGUAAUACUGAAAUCAGCAGGUAUUCAAAGCACAGCUCCACUGAUUUCAGUAAGACCUUGGUACAUUGAGAUUGCAUCAAGGGACAGCAAUGUACUUUAGCGGAACUAUUUUAUGAAUAUUUAAUUUUUACUUAUCCAUACAGAAAGUGCUCAUAAUAAAUGCAUGUUGCUGCCUCCAUAGAUGGGUGGAAACCAACUUCCAGAAAUGGAUUGGUUCUACUGCUCGACCAAAAUGCCUCUGGGUUCCUGUAUCUAAAACUGUACGAGCAACUUGUAUUAUGCAUACCAAAACUUUAUUCUGUUGCAUUUCCACCCCCCCUGCCUUUUGCACUAUCUAAAAUAAUAUACCUAAAUGAUCCAUUGAGCUUAGAUAACAAAUAAAUGCCAUUACCCCAUCCUGCAAUAACAUGACCCUUAAGUUAAUUGUUUUGGAAUGUAUCCUUUCUAGACAAACAGGAUGUUGUGAAGCUGAGUGGUGACAGGCACGAUGGGUUGGGUUACAUUAGACUGCAGAUGGUGGCUCAGACAGUUAAAUGCUCAGACACAAGAGCAUCCUUUUUUUUGACAAGUAAAACCCCCUUUCACCUUGGAAAAGAAUCAACAUUAGAACCCUAUACUCUGACAUGUAUGUGUGGGUUUUUUAAAAAAGAAUAUUAAGUCUUGUAAACUCCCAGCUGCCCUCUGGAAGAGUAUAGCCCAGGCACAGUUUAAUGCCUCAAUGUCAAUUCUUGAAAGGGAAAACUAGUGUAAAAUAAGUGGCUUCUACCUGCUGCUUUAACAGAUGACGAGCAUUGUUGAACUUGGCCCAUUGAAUAUAUUAAGUGAGGCCGUUCUUUAAUUCAGUUCUGCACUGUAUAAACUGUGAGCUUUUCCAUGCCAUGACCCUCUAAAUUCUGUUUCUUCUUAUUACUCUUGAAGCUAAUUUUAGCACAGUCACUUGAUUACAUUAUCACUCACUGCUUUUAUUGACCAGAUAUAUAUUUGAAUGUAACAGCCUGUAUAGUUACAGCAUCUCUAGAAACAGCUUUUCCUAGGAAAAGGGGAAGACAUUACAAUUUAUAUGCAAAAAAAAAUCAACCUAGAGACAGCGAUUGCUUUUCAGUGGCUAUAAGAAGUAGAAUACUUAUGCCAGAGCCAGCUGUAUUGCUGAAGCUACUUAUGCCGAAAUGAGCCUGCCAGUCAACUGAACUACUGUGGAGUAAGUAAUUUCUGGAUUGUGACAUGUUUUGCACUGUAUAAUCCUUUUGUCCAGCAUUGCAAGAAGUUUAUGGGAAAGGUGUUCUCCUCUGAUGUAAUAUCUCAAAGCAGGGAUGGUAGUCUUCCUUUCUGUUAUAAGCUGUACAAAUAAUGUAAUUACCAGAGACAAAGUUUCUGCCUUGUUUAAUAGAACAUGAUUUAAUCUUCAGUUUAAAAUUCAUUCAUCUUAAUCUGUUGUAAAUAACAUUUUAACAAAUAAAGAAUGACAAGUGUAUAUACCUGAGGAUAUGUUGUAACUUAGAUGAGGCAUAUGAUAUCAGGAAGCUAUGAGGGAUAUCACAAAACCCUGACAGUAAGAAUAAUUAGGACAGGAAUAUUCUGCGGGCAUCUGUUCUCAAAGAAGGUAUUUAGUUCUAAAUUAUUGGAACCUCACUUCAUUUUCUCCAUUGUUCAUCUCAAGCAAAGCUAACUGUGAAAUGGGAUAAGAGAAGGAGCUGUGGGAGAAACAGGGUUUCCAGCCUUCACCAAAGGUUGCAGCAGUGCACUGAUCAGGAGGCGUUCCAUUCAUGGAAUUCUGUGAAGUCAGCAUUUGGAGCAAGAAAGCAAACAGCAAGAGCAAAGCGGGUGGACUCUUCAGGCCCACUGAUUACAUGCCUCCCCAAUUUUCACUGAUCAAUUUAUAGAAUGGUUUUGGGCACAAUGUUUCAAAAUGCCCUGCCCAUGUAUCACUGCAGCCAUGCAGGAUUCUGUAAUUAAUUGUUUUUGCUUGGUGGGAUCAAUGAAUAAUUCCUUCCACCUUUUUUACUAGUUUAUCAUUUGGUAGAACUAGAUAGGUCAGACAGCCCCCUUAUAGUGCAUGUACAAGUGACUCUGAAAUAGUUUUACUUUCAUCAUAACAGUGCUCUGAUAGAUUUUGAUUAUAUGGAGAUGAGAGAGCACAGUAUGCUUCCGGACAGGGCAUCCAUGGCUCUUUAAGACACGAUGUCACUCAACCAGGACCAAAAGCCUCAAAGGUUUACAGGGUUCCAUGUUUAUAUGCUAUUAGAACCAUUCAAAUACAGAAAGCUAAGAAAAGCCUGCAAAUGCAUCACAAACCUGUCCUACUAUGCAGGCUACUUGGGCCUCAAAAGGGUUGAUGUUAAGCAGUUUCAGGUGCUAGAUAACCUUGUAAGCACAGCUAGUCCACACAGGUUAAAACUACCACAGCCUUUUCCCUAUUUUAUAUUUAUGAUGAUUACUGAGCACCUUCUAACUAGAAACCCAAAAUAGUAUUAAAGGGUUAAAAUAGGAUAGCAAGGACUGAAAUAAAACCAUUGGUUUAUAUGUAUACAUAGGUUAAUUAAAAGAUACCUGCAAAUUGUGUAUAUCUGCUAAAUACAGAACUCUUUAUUUUAAAUGCCUAAUGUACAAUAUGUUGGUUUUAAUUCAAGGUUUAUUGAAACAAAAUCAGAUGUUCUGUAUUUCACUGAAUUGUAUAAAUACAUUACAUGUACUUUAAUAUACACUUUUUGAUUCUCAUGUUCUAAGCAGGCUGUUUUAAACAUUUAACUCUUUUAAAUUGAUCCAAAUGGAGCCUCCAGUUUUCUGUGUUUAAAAUUAUAAAACAAUGUUUCAUUUACAAGCCA